AUGACAAAGCAACAAAAUGAUAGUGAUAGCCUAAAACAACAGGAUGAACUUAAUCAAAUCAAAUCCAAAAUACAAGAUCAUUUAAUAGCAUCAGGAGAAUACGAACUAAUAAAUAAACAAUUAAAAUUACAAUUAUAUGAAAGUGGAUGGUAUGAUAAAGUAGCUCAAAUUACAAACAAUCAUUUAAAUAGUAGUGGAAAUCAAGAAGAAGUGAAAAAUAUUAGUGAUUUAUAUGCUUUUGUUAGACCUAAAGCUGAAGAAAUAGUACCUCAAGAUAUUAGAGAUAAUAUGAUGAAAAAAAUUGAACAAUAUUUGGAUGGUAUUAUUGAUUAA